AUGAUUUGGAAGAUUCCGGGAACCAAACGCGUCGAUCACAAACGGGCUGUCAAAAUAUACGAGCGUGCAGCAGGAGACAAGACGUUGCCCUCUGACCUUCGCCCACCGCCAGUACUCCAGAAAACCUUGGACUAUCUCUUCCAUGAUCUUAUUCCCCGUGGAGGCUUCAGGGAAACUUACACGUUCAUCCGCGAUCGUUCGCGAGCUAUUCGCAGCGACUUCACAAUGCAGCACGAGACCGGCGCAUUGGCAAUCGAAUGCCAUGACCGCUGUGCUCGUUUUCACAUCCUUGCGCUGCACCUUGAACGAGAUAAACCCAACUUCUCGCUUGCUCUGGAAGAGCAGCAGCUCAUGAAUACACUUCAAAGUCUGAAGGAGUUCUACGAGGAUCAGCGCGGGCGAUACCAGUCGUCUACCGAGCUGGAGAUGCGUGUAUACCACCGUCUCAUUCACAUCCGCGACCAGAAGGAACGACAUGAGGACAUUCCCCCCGAGAUCUUGGACAACCCCACUUUUCAAUUGGUUACAAAGUUCAGGUUCAUUGUCCAAGCAAAGAGCGCUCCCAUUAGCAAAAUCUCCAAGCUCGUAGUAGACCAGGAGGCUCUAGAGAUCUUUGGACAGCUCGCCGCUGUCCUUCGCGAGCAGAACAACAUCGUCAUGAUUUACUUGGUUGCUUGCAUCAUGGAACGACUGUUUGGUACAGACACUAUCGAGGACAUCGAAUCCAUUCGAGGAGAUCUCACUAUACCUGAGAUCAUCGACGGUCUAUCUCGACCG